CCACGAUUCAGAUUCACAUAACAUAAUCGCCUAGGCAUACCUCCAUCGCCGCUGCUCCUGCUAGAGUCAAGCAACUUAGCUUCGAUCGAACGUUUGACGCAGCUCUUCUUACGCUUUACGGUAUCUUAGCCUUCUCAUUCCUACAGGCAGGACUUGUUGUAGCUCAGACUAUGGCCUUGACCUGCACAUUUUAGGUUCCCUGAUACUUCUGCCACCACCGAAUCUAGUCACUCCACAGCGGUACUUUCCUUCCAUUCGCAAUCGUCGAUUCACGAUCCUGGUGAUCUUCAAAGCAUACUGCAUAUGGCUUCGUUUUCUGCCGGGUGGCAGAGUUACAACUUCAAAGCCGGCCUCCGCAGCAGAUUCGGGCGCGCGCUUGCUCAGAAGGAUAUCAGCAAAGUAUCGAGACCGCCCGUGAAUGCCGUUCGCCCGAAUGCCUCGUUCUCUGAAGGCGUCGCGACUAAAGAUGUGAGGAUCAACGACAACACGGGUCUGAGCGUUCGAAUAUUUUUGCCGGCUUGCGCCAUUCAGCCGGGCAGAAUAAACGAAUUCGGGUGGAUGAUGCGUCGCAUGGGCACGGCGAGCGAGUGGUUCCCGCCGCCCGGCGACGCCAACGAGCAGUUCUGGCAGGGCGCCAACGGCGAUGCCGCAGGGUCGGGCAACGGCAAUGGAGCGGCGGAUGAGGAGCAGGAGGGUGCAGCCGGCAGCGGCGGCGGGCCGUACACGGGGUACGUGCCGAAUCCGUCGGGCGCGAACCACCAGCUGCCGGUGAUCGUGCAAUUCCACGAGGGCGCGUUCGUGACCGGCAGCAAGGACUCCGCCUGCAAUGAUACCUUCUGCCGACGACUCGCACGGGUGUGCAACGCGAUCGUGGUGGCCGUGGGGUACCGGCUGGCGCCCGAGCACAAGUGCCCGGCGGCGUACGACGACGGGUACGAGGUGCUCAAGUGGCUGUCGCGCCAGGCCAUCCUCGCGGACGCCGAGGCCGACGUGCGCAAUUCGCACGCGCAGCAGGGCGGGGAGCAGGGAGUGGGCGAUGAGAUGCGGGGAGUGACAACGCGGCUGGUGCAGGAGCUGCCAGACCCAUGGCUCGCCGCACAUGCUGACGUGCACAGGUGCGUGCUCCUGGGCGUGAGUGCGGGCGCCAACGUGGCAGACCAGGUGGCUCGGCGCUGCGUGACUCCGCAUGGGGUGAAUGAGCUGCAGCCACUCGUGGUGCUCGGGCAGGUGCUGCUGUACCCUCUGUUUGCAGGGUCCAUGCCGACGCCGAGUGAGAUGAAGGCGCGCGACGCCUACUUCUUUGACAAGCCCACGUGCGAGCUGGUGUUCCGCCUCUUCCUGCCCGACGACGACUUCUCCCUCGACCACCCCGCCGUCAACCCACUGCUGCGCGAGCACCUGCCCCCGGGCAUGCCGGCCACGCUGCUGGUGGUGGCGGACCACGACAUCCUCACGGACCGCGCCAUCGCCUACUCCGUCUUCCUCAAGAACUUCGGCAUCGACGUGCAGGUGAACAGCUACAAGGACGUGGUGCAUGGGUUUGCAACGUACGAGGGCAUGGUGAACACGCCACAGGCAGAGGCAUGUGCGGAGGACAUCGCCAUGUGGAUCACGAAGCAUGUGUCCACGCGCUCCGACGCCACAGAGAUGUCCUACUGAACCCACACUGUAUCAUGCCUCCCUGCUCCACCUCCCUGCACCCUUCCAUCUCUCUGAGGAUCCCUCCUUCGCCUGCCUUGUAUCCUCCCACCUCCUCUCCCUUCUUUAAGAGGCUGCUUCCAUCCUCUCUCCUCCAACCAAUCAACCUGUUGGUGAGUGAUGUGUAGGGCCCACUUGGUCCUGUACAGCAAGUGACACUGUGUUGAAGCCUCAUGGGGUGCCAUCCCACAGUUAUACAGAACCUGUUACCGCACUGUAGUGUCUGGAAACGUAGUCAUGUCGCUCUGCUGGUGGUACCAAUUGCUGCAAGGUGUUGAUGGUUCACACACCACAUAUUGCACUAAGUUGUGUGGGAAGAGAUAACUUAAGGACCGCUUGUUCUUGGUGCCUCAAGGUAACCUGUAUGUUAAACCAUAAUAACCGUACGGCACAAACGAAUGAAUUUUAGAAAGGGGG